GGGUCAUUGACACUGGGGCUGCAGCGGGGGCUGCGUGCGUGGUCGCGUGCCUGCCAGACAGUCCGUGAUUCCAUCCGCUUGGAGUCCUGGUAGCUGCGGCGCCGGGUGGCGAGAGGCGGGUCUCGGAGACCCCUGCGACCCACUGUGGUUCGGGGGAAAAGGAAGUCAUGAAAGAUAAUUGUCUGAUGGAUGGAGCCUGCUGACCAAGUGCUUCAUGCUGACUUCGCUGGGGGGUGACUGAACAUCUGAUGAGAUGACGGAGUCCUACAAAUGCUGAGUGAUUUGCCCAAGGUGCCCCACUUCAUAAGAACUGGAGCCUCGGCCAGCACUCUGUCAGUUUGCCACUAAGUCUAAAGGAGCGCCCGAUCAGAAUGGCUGUGCAAUGGUUCUACUUGUCUUUCUACGCACUGUGGUUCCUGGGCUUGAUGUCCAUCAUCCUUACCAUCUAUUGGAUGCAGUUGUGGCACGGUGGCUUCGCCUGGGAUGGCACCGUUCUCAUGUUCAACUAUCACCCAGUGCUCAUGGUUGUCGGCCUGGUGGUACUCUACAGUGCUGCCUCGCUGCUGUACCGCCUACCGCAGUCCUGGACGGGGCCCAAGCUGCCAUGGAAGAUCGGCCAUGCGGCCCUGCACCUGCUGGCCUUCAUCCUGACAGUGCUGGGGCUGGUCGCCGUCUUUCAGCUCCACCGCCGCUCCAAGAUCACCAACCUCUACUCCCUGCACAGCUGGCUGGGCAUCGUCACCGUCUUCCUUUUUGCCUGCCAGUGGUUCCUGGGCUUUGUCGUCUUCCUGCUGCCCUGGGCGUCCGUGUGGCUGCGCAGCCUUCUUAAGCCCAUCCACCUCUUCUUCGGAGCCAUCAUCCUCUCUCUGUCCAUCGCGUCUGUCAUUUCCGGCAUUAAUGAGAAGCUUUUCUUCAGUUUGAACAAUGCUACCCAGCCAUACUCCAGUCUGCCCGGUGAGGCUAUCUUUGCCAACAGCCUUGGGAUGCUGGUGGUGGUCUUCGGGCUCCUGGUGCUCUAUAUCCUCCUGGCUUCGUCUUGGAAACGCCCAGAGCCAGGGAUCCUGACUGAAGGACAGGUAUGGGGUCCUGGUCUCCCAUUCCAGGUUGGGGUAGGGCCAGGUCUCGAGAAGGGUCACCCAGGAAAGACUUGGGCCUUGCCAGGAAGACGACCCGAUGACGUGGUGGGAAACCAAGUAGCUUGAAGGUGGGGGCAGGUUGGCUGAUGGGGGGCACUGGUAUCAAAGCAGGACACCCCAGCCAUCGUGGCAAAUGCAGCUGCUCGGGCAUGGGGCCUCUAGGGGCUUGUCUCUUGGGAGAGGACAGGUAACCAGUUAUGCCCCUCCCCAGAUUCCUGUGGUUUCACGAGGGGAAAGUGUGGCCUUCUCUCCCUGAUGGAAGGGCUUGGGCAUGAUGGAAGGGUGUCGUAAUUUCUCUUUUUCCAGACUCGGGGCUAGUGUUAUGGGGCGGGAACUCAUCUAGCAGGUGCUUGCCGAAGGAUUGAGCGCUUGGAGUAGGUUUUGCCUGUUCUUGGCCACUCAGGCGCCUGAAGGAUGUGAGAUGGCGUGUGUAUCAGGCCAAGGGGCUCUGGGGCUUCCCCGAAAGAUGUGGUGGCUUGGGCGGGGACUGCUUUGCAGGUUGGGGGGUCUAUCUGAACAGCUCGGCCCAGUGGGACUCCUGCACGUUAGGGAGUAUUCUGAUGCAAUGCCGUUAACCCCCGUGCCUCUGCCUGUCUUUCCAGCCCCUGUUGCGUGAUGGGGAGUGAAGCAGGAAAGGGCACCCACGAGCCGGUGGAGGUGCUUCCCCCCAGCAGCUCUGCUCUGCCCGGGGCUCCUGUCUGGUUACAGCAACAGACGUGCUUUGGGCUCUGGGCCCAAACCUCUUCUUGCCUCCAUGUGGGGCCUGCUUCCUCUGCCAGUGGGCUGCCCGCCCGCUUUGCUUGGUGGCUUCGGCUUCUGUACUCCUUCCUGGCCUCAACUUGGUUCUUCAUUUACAUACGGCCCCCCUGCCCCCACCACAGCUGCUCCUGCUCCCCUGCUGUCUGUGUGAAGUCAAGCUGAUUUCCCCUUUAGACCCCUAAGGGUAUGGUAGAAAAUCUCGACAGCUCAGAUUGCACCCAAGGGCAAUCCGCAUGUGAACAGAGAGGGAGGCCUUGGUGUCCAGCAGCUUUCCCUUUAAAGACAUGCAUUUCCUUUGGGCCGCCCACACUGUGGGGUGGGCACCAUCCGCUGUUACCUCCAGGCAGCCCACCCAGAUGUGCAGCUGGGCAGGAACCUCGAGGUGAUGGAAGGGGAAGGAGAGCGGGGAGAACGGCAGCAGAGCAGCUCCUGCACAGAAGCAGAGGGGCUGACUGCCCUUUGUCGUUCUGUGUCACGUCGCCGCAUUCCCCGUCUGCCUGCAUCGGGACGGUGUGCCUCCCCUUCCGCGGUGUGCCUCCCCUUCCGCGGGGACCGGCAGGCAGAGCCCCAGCCCAACUGGUCUUCACUCUCUAGCUCACCACGAACCAAGCCGGAAUUGUGGUGCGUUGUGCUCAGCAGAUCCCUGGGGCCAUGGCCACUUUCCAGGGUGUUCCCUGCUGAGUGUUAGGCUGCCUCAUUUCCCCCUCAGGUGGCUUGCGUGGCCAAUCCCAGUCUCCUGUUAGGCCAGAGGAUGAGCAGCUGCUUGCCUCUCGAGGAGAAGCUGGGGUUGGGGUACUGGGAGAAGCUGGGGUUCUUGCUCCUCUCUUCCGGGAUGGCGCUGUGGCUUUUCCCGCCCUCUCCAGAUGAGCCCUGCUGGGUUCCAGGCACCCUACUGCCGUCCUCAGUGACAAGCAGCAGGACACCGGGGGGCCGGGGUGCACUUGCCCCUGGCAGGUGGUGAUGAGGCCGACUGUCCACCCCAACCCCACGGGGCCUGAUGGCAGGACUGUGAGUGGAUUUCCUGAGGGGAUGGAGCCUUUAAAGCCAUUGGGAUGACUGCCAGACACCUCAGUCAACAUGACCAGCGCCCCCUCUUUCCAUGUGGGUGGGCCUAUAACCUGAAGCUUGAUUUCCAUUUAUCAUGUUUUUAAGAAUCGAAGCCUUCUCUACUGUACUGACAUUGUGGUUACAUGAGCUCUGAGAAACUUAUUAAAGCCUCUGGACAGUUCUGACCCUCAGCCUUGGAAGGAACAAACCAAAA